GUAUCAGAAUUCCUUCGUCUAAACUAUCACCAUGCAGCUUUUCGUUCUGUUAUCUCUGGCGGUCGCCGUUGCGGCCUCGCCUUUGGACGCGGCCAAAAGGACCACGACGAUCACGUCCACUGUUACUCCAACUUGUGGGCUUCCAGCAGACACAACUAGAACCACGACCUCUGCCACCAAGGUCAACGACGACGACUCCGUCUCGACAAUCACCAAAGUCGUCACCGGCGCCUUCUCCACUCCAAGUCUAUUCAAUAUCUAUGCCACCAUCAACGACCGCUACGCCAUCCAUACAGUCGAGGCGCUCGGUCUCACGGGCACGACGGGUUACGACCCGCCGCGCUUCGCCAUGGCCUCUGGAAAUCGUCUGCGCUACGGGAAGAACCAGUUUGCCGAGCAGGACAACACGACGGAUCCCGAGGACUUCUUCUUCAACACUCCUGCAUCGAUCAAGAAGUCGAAUGAGGGAUACAUCACGUGCGACAUCACCUACGCUGGAGACGGCAUCUGCCCGCUCAACUGCGUGUCGCCCUACGGGAACGGUACCGUGUCGAGUAUGGGGUAUGGCAACGUCUGGUACCUCGGGACAACGGCGAUUGCGUAUGGCGAGCCGGGCGACGACUUCCAGAUUUUUACCGCUAUUGUGGUGUCGUAGGCAUUGUGCUCGCCCCUACAUCCAGUUGGCUAUGCGCGUGCAAUCGGAUUGGUGACAUCGGAGAGUUUCAGUAUAGAGACAAUGCAAUCAUACCGUCGCUUA